GAGGAGGCUGUCAUCCAGCGGCUCACACACUGAUAAAUAAGAAGUUAUCGGAAACAUGUCCAAGAGAGAAGCGUUUCUAGAGGCCGCCUGUAAGGAACAUGUGGAGGACUUCCUCCGCUUCAUCCAGCUUCAUAAGGACAAAGCGGAGCCCUUCGAUGUGGAGGAGGUGGUGCAGGAGAUGCCCAGGGACCAGAGGUUGACUCUCUGGGGAAAACUGGGUUCCCUCCUUCAGGACGUCCUGCAGGAGUUACCUCCAGAGCGCUGGGCGGACGGCAGGGAAGAGGGCAUGGAGGUGGAGUCGGCUGUGGACCCUACGCAUGUCAUGGCCGUCGUGGAUGGCGUGACACUAGUGGCUGACGUGUCCAUAAAGGUCCUACAAGGCGGCGACGCCUACAGCGCCCUUCUGGAAAUCAUCCGCAGGCUUCACGAGGUUCUGGUGUCGCUGCCGGUCUCCGAGGCUCCUCUGCAGCUCCACGUCCACACGCUGUGCGAGGCCUGGUGGAAGAAAGGCCUGAAGGAGAAGGAACAGUUUGGCCGCACGGCGUUCCUGAUCUCUCUGCAGAAGAGCUUCACUUUGAAGAAACCCGGUGUUGAGAUCCAGAGAGUCUGGAGUCUCCACGAUGUGCUUUUGAGUUUGGACUACACGUCGGAAGAAAACAAGCAGAUCAUCGACUUGUUGCUGCAGUGCUUUCAUCGUCCCACUUACAUCAGAAACGAUGACGGAAAGCGGUUCCUGGUGUUUCUGUUCAGCUGGAACGUCGACUUCAUCUGGGUUAUUCACGGCACCAUUAAAAACCAGCUGGAGUUCUAUAGCAAGACCAUGACUACUCACAUCAUGGAGAUCUACUUCAGAGCAUGGAAGAAGGCCAGCGGGGACUUCCUGGAGACGAUUGAGAGCUCGUGCGUUCAGGAUUUUAUGCAGAACGCGAUCUUCCUUCGUAGAACGUCUCCCGUCUACGCCAAAGUCCGCCAGAUUGUGAGCUAUUUCCACUCAAGGAAAGGCUGCAACAAGGUGGACAAGAUGCUCUGUAACCUCUACAAGCCCAUUCUCUGGAAAGCUUUAAGUGUUCCAAACUUUGAGGUGCGUGCAAAUGCCACUCUGCUUUUCACUGAGGCCUUCCCAGUCCACGACCCGGAGCAGAACAACAAGAAUAUAGACGAGGCCAUUCAGAAGCAGCUGGACAUAGCAAUGGGCCUCCUUGAUGACCCUCAUCCCACCGUGCGCUCCAACGCUACUCUGGGAGUCUGUAAGAUCCUGGCCAAGUGCUGGGAGCUCCUCCCUCCCACAAUCAUCGCAGACUUCCUGAAGAAGCUGGUGAUGGAGCUGGCGGCUGACAGCAGCUCCCCGGAUGUCCGGUGCUCAGUCUUUAAGUGUCUGACUAUUGUCUUGGACAACAGUCUCAGCCAUCCAAUAUUGGAAAAGCUCCUGCCGACUCUCAAGUAUAGCCUUCAUGACAACUCUGAGAAAGUCCGCAUAGCUUUCCUGGACAUGCUCAUCAAGGUCAAGGCGGUGCGUGCUGCCAAGUUUUGGGACGUGUGCAACAUGGACCACCUGCUGGCCCGUCUGGCUAUCGAUUCCCAUUCGGUUUCCAAGCGCAUCGUCGAUCUGCUCUUCAAGUCCUUCUUCCCCGUCAACGAGUCGGAGAGGGAGUGGUGCUGCCGCUGCAUCACCCUCAUCCAGAUGAACCCCAUGGCUGCCAGGAAGUUCUACCAGCACGCCCACAAACACACGGCCCCCACCAACAUAAUAAAGCUGAUGUUGGCCAUUCGCCGCGUCGUGAACAGCUGUAUCCAGACUGACUGUGACCUGUCCGAAGUUAACGACAGCAACAAGGAGAGCAGCGCACAGGCGGAACCUCUGCUGGGGAAAGACAUGGCUGCCGUGUCCAGUCUGCUGGAGGUCGUGGUCAUCCUGUGGAGGAGUGUCGAGAAGGCCCUGAAACAAAACAAAGAGGCCCAGAAGUACACUUUUGCCAAGUUUGGAAAUGUCAUGGCCAAGUAUUUCCAGGCCUUUGAGGACGAGCGAUGUACCGUUCCUCUCAUACAGCUGGCCUCAUUUAUGCCCCCGGCUGCAGUUCCAACGUUCAGCUGUGGCGUCCUGUCCAGGCUGAGGAGGAUGGACUCGGGAGCAGUGCCAGCGCAGUACGGCCAGCUGUUAGACUGCAUGUGCAGCUGGGGCCAGGCCGCUGACAUCCUGGAGCUCGUCACCGACUGGCUCACCGAGGCUCUGCCCAAGCAAGGGGACAACACCAAACGGAAGGUGCGUGUCCAGGUGACGGUGGAGGCCAAACCAGACCUGGCCCUGGCUUACCUGGAGUACCUGUUCAGCCACACGCUCACACGGGAGGGAGUCCUGGCUCUUGGUCCUCGACCUCUGAAGCAGCUCCAUACAGUUCUAGGAAGCUGGAGGUCAGUGCUGAACACUCACCUCAGCUCCGCCACUGAAGAUCCCAAAAGUCCCGGUGUGGAGACGGCGCUGAAGGUCUUCAUGCAUCACGGACGUCUCGGCGCACAUCUGCAACACAGCUCCUCAGAGGGUCGAGACUACCUGCUCUCUCUGGAGCACGUGGCAGCGUGGGUAGCUGAGAGGGUGUUGCCCCUCCUGGCUAAACGUACCAGCGAUGAUGAUGAUGAGGAGGAGAAGGAGGAGAAGUUGCAGCCACUUGCUGCAAAGAUAACUGAGAGUUUCCUGUCGGUGUGCCGAGACGUUCUACUUGUGGGUUUGGCCGAUGAGACGUUCAAGGGUCAAAUCCUCCACUUGUGCUCGCUCACCCUCCUCUCAGAGGCAGGCUACCUGUGUAUUCCUGCGGUGCUGCUGAUUUUGAAGGAGGUGGCAGACGGCUACGCACCCGAGGACAUCAACCACCACCCGGCUCAGGAGCAGGAGGAAGACGCAGCCACUGUUGUUCUGGGUGUGGUGGCCAACAUCUUCCAGAAGAUUGUAGAGCUCCUGGCUCGCCGUCUUAGGAAGGAACCAGAGGAGGGAAAACGGGUACGCGGACUCCAACUGUGUCAGUCAGCCGUUCCCAGCCUGGCGGACUUCCUCCAGGCGGCACAGGCCUGGGACAAAGCUCCUCUCUGCGGGGUCUUCUCCACUCUCUUCGCCGUCAUCGUCGUGGAGAAGAGACAUUUGCUUCAGAAGAUUACCCAUCCUGAAGAGGUGAUCACCCCAGAGUCAGUGGAGGACAUGCCUCCUCUGUCCAGCGUCCUGCUGUCUGUCAUCCUCAAAUCGUCCUCUCUUACCAGGGCAUUUCUGACAGAAGUGAGCUCGUCCUGCGACUCUGAGGCCAUCGGCAGUCUGAAUGAGAUGGCCGCCGUCCUGCACGUCUUGGCGGUCAUAAGCCACACGGGGCAGUCUAAAGCGGGUUUGAAGAGCGCCGCCACAUCUGUCCAGCGGCAGAUUCACAAACACGCAGUCGCAUCUGAAGACGCCAGAGACAUCCAGAGGCUUAUUUAUGAAUCUUCUGUGAAGACCUUGAAUGAAAUUCUGGAUUUAUGAGUCGACCUGUAAUAUCUGCUUCACUUUUGUGUUUUAUGAAGCUGAGGAGAGCAGUAUAAUGUCUGCUGUGCUGUUUGUACAGACUUUCAGUUGCUGGCAGACGAGAAUGACAAACAAUUAAAUAUUUCAACUCCAGUGACCGAGCUUUUUAAAAUCAAUAUGGUUUGGAUUGAAAUCUGAAGCUGGGGACGAGUGACUGUCUGUUCGCAUGUUUUCCCAGAUUGGCUCCACUUCUCUUUGUUUAUUUAUUUCUUGAUGGCACACACUGCUCAAGUCUCGUCUCUCAGGCUUUGUGCAUUGAAAAUACACUUUCUUAGAAUGAGUGGUAUUCUUCUUAGAAGAAUAGUUAUUCUUCUUUUUUAACAAUUUCAUAUAAAAUACAUAUAUUUUUUCAUGUCUCACUAUCUAUGGUCAUGUAUCUGUUGGUCUGUCACCUGUAGAAUAAAACGAUCCGCAUCAA